CAAAACUCACCCAAUCGGGUUUACACUUAGAUAUACGAGCCGAAGUUGGGGUGUUCAAAGUCGGUUCUGCCUUCGUAGGGCUUGGGCCGAGCUCUGCUCUGAUUCGAGCACUCGUGCUCUCUAGCUCAUCUCCGAUGUGUGGAAGGGAGCUUGAACUCAGCUUGCUUGCUCGAACUUGACUCACAAAAUUGCUGGCUUUGAAGUUCUAGCGCGGACUACUCGUAGAAUUGGUCCAGUGAAACUACUCUGGACUGGUGAUUUCGGGAAGGAAGCUUUCAAAUUUCUGCAGCAGAAUUGUCGAUGAUUAAGGCAUUAGGCUUCAUUCGGAGUCCAUUUACUGGUAGAAGAUUGUUGGCCAUCUGCCCCCGUCGUCCCCUUAUUCACACUUCUUCUCGGAGUCGCAAAGUUCCUGAAAGAUUUAUCUGGAGAUAUGAAGCUGAAGCAUCACCUGAUGGUGCCCUCAAAACGUUUGACGAAAUCCCUCAAAGAGCAGCUUUGAGCUUAUCCCAUGCAAGUUCACUUCAAGAUGGUGAGUCCGCGAAUUCUGUCAUCGUCAGAUUGGCAAAAGAAGGAUGUACUGAAGAGGUGCUGGAGCUGUUCAGGAGUAUGCGUGAACUUGGAAUAGUACCCACAAAAUAUGCACUUUCUACUGUGCUCAGUUCAUGUUCUAAAUUGUCUCAACUGUCACUUGGUCUGCAGAUUCAUGGGCAGGUUACUCGAAUGGGACAUGAGGAUAACCUGUUCAUUAGCAACUCGAUUCUUGAUCUCUAUGCAAAAUGUGGCUUGAUGAAUGAUGCUAGGAGAGUGUUCUCUGAGAUGCCGGAGCAUGAUCAAGUUUCAUGGACUUCAAUCAUUUCUGGCUGUGCACAAAACGCUCUUGGAGAAGAAGCGUUCCAACUUUUUGUGGACAUGAUACAGUCUAAUAUCAAGCCAAAUUGCUUUACUUUUGCCAGUCUGGUAAGUGCUUGUACUGGGCUAGCGUCAAUUGAUCUUGGAAAGCAGGUCCAUGCUCAAGUUAUCAUUGUUGGUGUUGAUGAAGACACAUUUGUGAUGAAUUCCCUUCUUGAUAUGUAUGCCAAGUGCGGAGAUGUUGAAGAUGCUAGGUACUUAUUUGAAUCAAAGUUAGAAAAGGAUAUUGUUAUAUACAACUCCUUGAUUGCUGGCUAUGCUCAAAAUUUAUAUGGUGAAGAAGCCUUACACCUCUUUGUUCAGUUGCAGUUUGAUGAUCUGAAACCAAACGGCUCUACUUUUGCUGGCGUGCUGAAUGCAUGUGGACAUUUAGCAGUACUUCAACAAGGGAAGCAAAUCCACUCUUUGAUAAUUAAGGUUGGGACAGAAUUUUCUGUUUUUGUUGCUAGCUCGUUGAUAGAUAUGUAUUCAAAGUGUGGAAGCAUAGAAGAAGCUAGAUGUGUGUUCGAUCAAGUACAGGAAAAGAAUUGUGUUCUAUGGACGACUAUGAUCACUUCAUAUGCUCAGAGUGGGAAGGGGCGAGAUGCAAUUGAGCUUUUCGAACAGUUGGUGGAGGCAGGAAUGACACCAGACAGGAUAUGUUUUACUUCUGUAUUGACUGCCUGUAACCAUGGAGGCUUUGUUGAUAAAGCAAUCCAAUAUUUCAAAUCCAUGCAGACACACUAUGGUUUGAUGCCAGAAAUGGAUCACUACGCCUGCAUGGUCGAUCUUUAUGGCAGAAAUGGGCUGUUGAUUGAAGCAAAGAAGCUGAUAGAUCAUAUGCCAAUGAAGCCAAAUUAUGUGAUUUGGACAUCAUUUUUAGGUGCGUGCAAAAUUAAUGGGGUGACACAGUUAGGAAUGAAGGCUGCAGAGCACAUACAUGAGAUAGAACCUGGAAGUGCAUCUCCUUAUGUGGCAACUGCAAAUGCAUAUGCAGAGGAAGGCAUGUGGGAUAAAGCGGCUGAGGUGAGAAAGGUGAUGAAAGAUCGUGGCGUGAGGAAAAGAGUUGGUUGUAGCUGGAUUGAAGUGGACAAGAAGGCGCAUGUCUUUAUUACCUCAGAUAGAUCUCAUCCACAAUCACAAGAAAUAUACUUAACAUUAGACAAUGUGAUCCUAGAAAUGAGAGAUGUGGGCUCUGUACCAAGUUUAAUUGAUGAGCAACAAGAUGAUAUUAGUACCCAAGGGAACCAAAAACUGUCAUUUGCCUUUUGAUGCCUAUAAUUGUUCUUAAACAACUUCAUGUUGCGUAUGUAUACAAGAGAGAGAGAGAGAGAGAGAGAGAGAGAGAGAGAGAGAGAGAGAGAAGCACUCACCCAGUUCAAUGCUUACCUUUAUACAGGCUUUGAAGUUUCCAUAAGGCAGACCCCUUAUGUAAGAAAACGAGCUUUUUUGACAUUCGUAAUAACCAUUCUGAAAUUGGUUUGUAGAUGCCCGAGGAUUGCUACAUAAUGUCCACCAUGAUUAAUUUAAGUGAAUUGAUUUUAGCAAAUAACGAUCAGCAGGAUUGAGCAAGCCCUUUUCGGGUUUCUGUACCAGAAGAAGUGUCAAAUAAGAUCUUGAUGUACCUACAGAAAUUAGUCCAUAUGGCCAAUAUUUGUCAACGUUUCAAGCCAUCUUGGUGGCUAUUUUUCUUGUUUCUGAGUAGUCCCUUCAAUGCCAAGUAAACUUUCAAAGAAACUUGGAGCUUGCUUUUGCCAUCUAAACCUCAGGAGCAGCCAUGGAAUGAGAGAAAAGGCCCAGUGAAGAACAAAGAUCAUAAGAGAAAGAGGAUGGCGUGGUCACUUCAACUUUUUCUCCUGAUUAUGCCAUUUCAUUUCUGCGUAGAAAAAGCCGAGGCACAACAGGAUUCACUUCUGGACAGCCAUGGAAGGAGCGAUUACUGUUCAUGAGUCUCUAUACGCUGGGAAGCUACGUGUUAUCUGUGGAAGAUGUCUGCAACUUGGUUCUUGAAGCCUCCAUGAAGAGGGUAUGGGAGAUGGGCGCCCCAGAGGCAGAGAUACCUCUUUAUUCUUGUGUUGCUACUUUGGAGGCAGAUGUGCAACUGUGAAUAUUCAUCGCAGUGACUUCCACCGUCCAAGGGCCAUAUGGCGGUGUGGACACUUCCUAACGAAAGCCAGUUGUGUUCUGCUUCUUCAACAAAAUGAAGUGCUUGUGCCGUAUAGACAUACUUUGUGGGCAUCCAACACCUCCCACCAAAGUUUACUGUCUUCUUCUUCUAGUGCCGUCUUAUUCAAUGGUGAAUCGAUCCCACUAAAUGGAAGUCUGAUCCUUGAUUAUCUCACCCCGCAACUUGGCACUAUAAAGUCGGGAACAACCAUUGUGGUCGACUGAGACUAGUGGCAUGCGCGGGGGAUUGUGUAGCAAAAGUAGAGCAGUAGAAGGGAAGAAACUUCUCCAAGGCUUGUCAUCAAUGGAGAAGUCACCAGCAGGGAAUGUUACAGGGAAUAGAGACUCGUUUGUUCUAGCAACCAGAGCCUGUCGUUUGAUUAUGCUAUGAUCCUGCACCGGAGGAAAACUUGGAGAUCUAUGGCCCUGUCGUCUGGUUUUGGAAACAAAAAUAGGGCUGAAAAUUUUGAGCUAAGGCUGCCAACUGCUGCUUCUUGAAGGAAAGCAGCGUGCAUGGAAGGAUGGAUUCUCUGUUAAUGAAGCUCGUUUCCAUGGUGAAGUACCCCACUUGCAGCAUUUAUGGUAAAACUAAACAAAAUACAAGAAAACGGGUUCCAACUUGCAACCAGUCAGUAUGCUCAUGAAUGGCAGGUUUACAUUGUUUAAAUUACAUGGGCGAGAAACCACACGAUGAGCUACAAGCGACGCCUCUCCACGUCUCCAUCCUUUACCUUGCUAAAUGGGUCAUCACAUCCAGUUCAUUUCAUUCGUUUUAUAUAGUUUUUCUGUUUGUUCUGAAUAAAUAUUUACAGCAGACAUUCCACGGCGCUCAAGUAGCCGCGCUCAAGAGGCUACCUUCUCUCUAUGUGCCCACCAUUGUUAGGGUUCACAAAGCUUGUUUCCGAACUUAUUACAGUUUAGAGGACAAGUCUGUGAAAGGAUUUGAGCCCAAGUACUUGAAAAAGGUGAACUGCCUUAACGUGCA